GGCAAAAUGAGGGGUGGACCCGCUUAUUAGUCGGUGUCGAGCUUCUGUUGGUAUACAGCCGAAAGGACAUCGCGCCUCUGGAAGUCAGGAAAAAUCAGACGAAGAAAAGGUUAAAAAAAAUGAGAAUAAACCCAACGAAAUAAUGAAAUCUUUAAUCAACCUUGAUGAUGAUAGUAACGUCACAGACAUAUCGCCUGUACUGACAUGCAUUCGCUCAUUGAGUGAUUCUGAAGCUAUAUGGGAUAAAGACAAGAAAGGAUUGGUGACGAGUUUGUCCUUGAAACAACUGAAAAAUGAGACAGAUACUCUGAGAGAAGAUGGAUUUAUUUUUGUUGUCUCCCUGCGUGAUGGAUCGUGUUUAUACACGUCCAAAGCAAUCUCUCUGUAUUUGGGCUAUCCGAAGGAUAUGUGGAUUGGCCAAUGUGUUAUGAAUUUCAUCUACCACAAGGAUCAUAUUACAUUUGCGAACUACCUAACCCAAGGACUUAAUGCAUGUUUCAUGCAAGUGAAGAGAGAAGAUGCUCAUCUUUUCGUUAACACGUUUUUCUGCCGCUUGAGGCUCUACCAAGGCUUGAAGUUUGGAUACUCUGUAAAGGACCAGAAACAACAGUACAAACCAUUCAAAAUCACUUUUCAUUUGAAUGAGAUGCUCUUGGAUGAUAUUUGCGUCGAGAAAUCAGCCGCCACGCUAUGUGUCAAAGCUACUGCUACGCAAGUCACUGCUGGAUAUACAACUCCAGAAGAAAUCCCUGCAAUGACCUCUUUUUCAACUCGUCAUACAGCUUCUUGCCAUUUUAGUCAUGUAGAUGUCAGAUUCUUCGCUAGCCAACCCAAAACUUACUCCGAUGAAUCUGAGGAAUAUAAUAGAAAUGAGAAAUGCUCAAGUGGUGAAGGUUACCAAGCAAGCAGCAGUGGCUCUGGAAACGCAUCUGGAAAGGAGUCUGGUGGUAACGCUUCAAAAGAGCCGAGUAACUCAUCAAAAUCUGAAAAGAAAAACCAAGAAUCGGCGAGCAACUCUUCGAAAUGCAACAUAUCCUCCGCUUGUGACUCUGGGUAUGGCAAAAGUCUGGAGAAGAAGGACAGAGACAACCACAACAACAGCAACGAGGGAUCCUCCAACGAGGGUUGGAAAACGAGUGCCAACGAGACGGCAAACAAGACGGACAAGUUCUCCUCUUGUGCGGCGCUGACCGAAGAAUCCCUGGUGACCCACAACAGGAUCAGCAACAAGCACCUGAAGCAUCACCAACGGAAGAACAAAAACAGCCUGGGGAUUCCCACCAAAGACAACUGGUUCUACCAGAAAGAUCCCCACCACCACAAGCACAAGAAAGGUCCACAUAACGUGGUUUCUACUCCGACCCAGACCGAUGCCACGAAUGUCAUCUCUGCGCCGGGCUCUGUCACUCCCAUCUCCGAGCACACAUCCAGCACCCAGCUUACAUCGCAGUCCUGCAUGGCCAAUAAUUACGUUGGAUCGACUCAUACCCCAACCCCGUUUUUCAUUCCAGUAGUAUACAUGGGUAGUGUGCCUUGCUAUCCACCCAUGUCCUCCAUGCAUUUACAAACCAGUUUGCCAUUUUGGUCUUGUGCUUCAGGUGGUGAAACAAACUCUAAAGAUGCUGCCUUAUCCGCCACUAUUUCUACGGAGCCGGUGAAUUUCGCCAACUCGAUAAAGAACGCAAAUAAGCUCAGCGCAUGUCUCACUCCAAACCAGGCUCAAUUUGCAGGGAUGCCUUUUAGUAUCCUGCAGCCAAGUGAAGUUUCCCUCCAGGCAAAUACAACCGAUCAGUUUAAGAGUUGCAUGGCUUCUGACGUCAAGAUCUCCGAAAACCAAGAGGGAGAAGACGCCGAAAACAAAUUUUCGGACAAAACAGAACCAAACGAAUGUGACAUGCUUGUUGAUGAAAGCAGAUCUUCUUACUUCACUCAGAGUUCGUCUUUCCAAUCAGUUGAUAAAGAAGAGGAGAUGGAGUUUGAGACAAAAAAGACCGCUCCUCAUCCCUCUCGCUCCGAGAAAGAGGAGCUGGACUCGGAGAUCGCCUUUCGGUACCGCAUGGAAGUGCACCAGAUGGAAGACAUCCUCAAGAAAGACCUGGAAGCACUCAAGUCCAUGCAGCAGCCCGAUCCGGUGAACAAGCAGCUGCAGAUGCUGCAGGAUGAGCUCAAGGAGAUGAGCGAGGACAAGAACAUGCAGAAGGGAGACUUCUUCAUGAGCGAAUCCUCCUUGCUGGGGCUCAUCACGGAAGACGAUGUAAAUGAAGAGUUGGACCACCGAGAAGAUUAUCUAUUGCAGCUCAUGUGUGAGGAUUCAUAACUAAUCCUCUCGUACGAAUCACACUUGUACAUACGACAUUUCAUACGUACAUUAACAUUUAUACAGAUAUAGGUAUUUUGCACCACGAUGAUUGUGUCGACUUCGUCCCCACCUUUCAUGCAAAUUCUUUCUGUUCUGUGUUAGAGUGAAUGGAGAGGGUAGCUCUCUCCCGUCCUAUUCGCUCAAAUGAUGCAGCAAUCGGAUAGGUUGUUGAAGAGCUUGAUCAGUUUCUCGAACGUCCACCGUGAAACGAGGGAGCCACUUGUUGUGAACAGUCCUUUCUGUGUGAUAUUCUUGAUUUGUUCCUUUUGUUGUUGUGAGGUGAAUUGCCGGAAAAAGCAUCUUUGCCUAAAAGUAACUAAAUGCAGUAGAACUUUAUAUAUCCUGAAGUAAAAAACACAGCCACGUUUAAAUAAUUACUGUUAUAUUUUUUUUUAAUUUUAUUUAUUAUAGUUCAUAUUGUCAUUUUGUAUGUUUGCUAAAAGUGUGUAUUAGCUAUGGGUCCAAAACUUUCUUUUCAAUCACAUUUUCGCUAACUUAUUUUUCUUAAAUAUGAAUUGCCUUCUUUUCUGUGACAUAUUAAAGCGUGUGAAUAUUCAUGUUGCCAGCUGUGAGAGUAAAUUAUAAGAUCCAUUAUGUUAGUAGAUUAGAAAGUAUUUCAUUGGAUACCAUGGGCGCCCAUAUGCAAAAUUUUAAAGAGGGGGGGGGGGGGGCUCAGAUAAUUUCCCCAUGGAAACCGAUUUCAGUACAGAUUAGAGUUAUUGAAGUUUGACGUUUUUAAUAACUUAUUCAUUAAUGGCUGGAGAAGAAAUGUUUUUUCAUUUUUGCAAAGAAAAAAGUACUAAAAGCAAGGAAAUUCUAAUUUCUAAGGG